CACACACACACACAGCCUCUAACCAAUGUGUGUGCGCAUCUCGACACCCUUGAACCUUCAGAGUAAAUGUCGCCGAAAUGCGUGACGAACACACCUUAAAGUGCAUAUAAAGUAACGGCCUGCGUGCGUUCUGCCGUCCACUCCGUGCGCACCCGCAACCAAGGAAAUAUGAGGAGAGAGGAGAGGAGGGAGGGGAAGGGAAGAGGAGGAAGAUGACCUCACACGGCACAGCCUACAUUCGUUUUGACCUCGAGUGCCUCAUCCCUCCUCGGUCUGAUACGAUGGCCAGCGGGGCCUUGAUUCCCUCUGACAGAUGACAAACUGCUCUUUACUUUCAUUAUCAGAGGGAAAUUAGCCCAUUACCGAGGACAGGCGGUUCGAAGAAGCCUGCAAGCGGGAGACGCGCCGAUCUACCUGCUCGGUACACGUGUGUCCACGUGUCUUAUUUAUUAGUUAUGACUUUUAUAUUUUAUUAGCGAAUGAAAACUUAAGAGAUACGAGAGCUUUCUCAUUAUGUUUACAGUCAGCGGGCGUGUAAUAAACGAGCUGGUGGAGUUAACAUGCGCUAUUAAUUUUUCAUUGCUUUUUCGUUUCGAGGCUCGGGCGCAAAAAGCAAAACAGCCGAAGCUUUCAUGGUGGAUGGAGGGAAGGGAAAGAAAGGGGAACACUUAAACAACAACAUUGCCUCCAAUUUUCCUCAAAAUGAUUAUCACGACUAAACCACAAUCUUACUAACGCUUAAAAAAGUAUACACACCCUCUGCCCCCACCCUUACAUCCACCCGUUUGAAGCACUGGAGAGGUAAUGAAAUAUGGUAAUGGCUUUAGACCCCCGGAUUAAAGUCGUCCUAUCCUGAUGGAAGUUUUCUCCAAAUUUCCAACCCUAAAGCAACAACAAUUUGUAUACAUGAUUGAUUGUGUUUGGAUUUUUUAAUUGCUUGUGUAUUUAAUUUGCAAAUCGGGGACAAGGGCGACGGCUGCAAUUUCCUUCACCUCGAGUCUAUAUCUCAAUAAAUAAAAACAGAUUGGCUUCACAAAGAGAACGGAACGAAUGUAAAAUUAUUAAAAAAACACAAUAUAUCAGAGACCCUGUCUAAAAAGCCAAUAUCUAGAAAUAUAUAUUUAUGAUCAUGAUUAUUAUGAUGAUUAUCUACAUUGCAAUACAUUACGAGUUCAUUGUGGGACACGCAAUGCCGCUUGAAUUAAAAACAAAAUAAAUCUGGUUCGCUGUCAGAUUUGUAUGAGGCCUAAAUUCAUGCAUACUCAGGAAACAGAGGUGAAAUAUGAAUGAGGAUUAGUGUGAGUGUUUCGGGCUGUACUUCACAAUCAGUGGAUUAAAGAGCAGGGACGCGGAAUCAAUGAAGUUUGAUGAAACCAUAUUUAGUGUUUGAGGAUCUGUUAGAGAAACAGGCAUCUAAAACAGCAGAGUGCCAGUGAUGGCGCGUUGCUUCUGAACGCUCCCGGUUCCAUCAUGUGAGUGCGUGGGUUUAGCUGUGGGUCGGUGUGGGGGCCUCAUAAUUAGAUUGACAGAAGGACAGUCAAUUCACGUUCAUCUUAAAGUUUCUGUACAUGUGAUGUUUGCAGGUUUGCGUCAAUGUGCGCGUGCAUGUGCAUGCGGGGUUAUAGAACAAGGUUGAACGCCCCCUCGUGGUUUACCGUCUAAAAAUGCACAGUAAAAAGGCUCCGACUAGGAGCCAGAGCCAAUUAAAGCUCAGAGCGUCCAGUUUUCAGAUACAGCCAUUAACAGAGAAACAGUGAUCGAAAUGUGCCUGUUUAAAUGGGGGCAGCUUUUCGGUAAACAGGAAAAUAAACACUAAUGAUGCAAAUCUGAAUCUAUAAAUGGAAAAGUAACUGAGAUAUAUUACGAUAUUGAACACUUCAAUAUCAGAUUUAUAGGAUGUCUAUUGCAGGAUACUAUUAACAUAAGCUUCAUAGUUCAUGUUAUUGUAGGUCUAAUCUUUAAUGAUGCUGGAAUCGCAUGAUUAUUCGUGUUCAGUGUAGCUCUAAAUGUGCCUAAUGUGUGCGCGCUGUUUAAACAACGAGCGAGAGAAAUGAUGAAAUGUCUACAAACGGAAAGAAGGGAAAUAAGACUCUUUAAUAUGACUCGCGCUUGAGGCUAUUUGUGUGGUUAAUAUUACAGGGGCGAGGCUUGGAUAUGCCCGCUCAAAUCAGGUGGGACGAACGUGUAUUGAAUGCCCCCUCGCUCGGAGUAAGAAUGCGGAGCUCGCCAAUCGCAUUUCAUUAAAAACGACAUCCUUUUUGGAUCCACAAUCAAUUAGGUAAUGAGUGGGAAUGCGUGUUUCAUAUGUUGUCUCCCAGUGCUCCUCGAGACAAAGGUUUAAGGCAUCGUGAUGAAGGAUGGGGGUGCACAGGGCCAGUUGUGUUCUUGGCAGUGCUCGCUCCUUCAGGCCUUGAAAUGAAACUGAUGGUGAAAACAACAAAAAAUAAAAGCUUUUUAAAUAAAGAUUUAAACGAACAUAUACUGAGGUUCUAUUUCUUAAGGUUAUCAAAUGCAUUUUUUCGUUUAGGUUAUAUAUUAUUUUUUUUAUUACUUUCAAAAUAUAUGCUAUAUUACCGAGAGAUUGACAAAUGGUUUUUGAGUUCUUAAGCUUUUCCUCAUUUAUAAAUCCUUGCUGCAACUAAGCCUCAUUUUUAGUAAUACUCAAUUAAUUAGCCAUUUAAUAUUGACAUGAAUAAAUUGAGCGCAAAUGGGUAUAAAGGCAUUAAGUUUUUUACUUGGUUAAUUGAAAUUAAACAUAUGAUCAUCUACUCCCCGAGCCCUCCUGCGUCGCUUCACGGAGCCCCUCCAUUGGUGGACGGACAAUGCAUACGGGGCGUCAUUGGCCCACGGGAUUCCAACCAGCCAAUCGGCGUCUCCCCCCGCCCGAGAAUAGGUAGGGUCGACGGUGACGCGGGACCGGAGCGCCACGUGUUAUUGGCUGGCGCCGCCGUGAGUGACGUGCAGCUGGCCGGCGCGUGUAGGGUAGAGUUCCAGGGGGUUGGGAGCGCGGGCGCUGUCCGCACGAGAGCAGGUCCUGAAACGCGGCGUGCGCCACCGUGGACGCUGGGCGCAGGGAGCUUUUCUCCGUGUGGUUAAAGAAUCCCGUGCAGGUGCAGAUUUACGGCGCAGCGGAGGCGGGUUUGGGGACAAAAGUGCACGUGUGACUGUGUGCGGGACUGUUUUCCUUUUGCGGCGCGACGAAACUGGCCCCAAAGUCCCACGUCAACGGGGAGUAGAGCUACAGUGCGCAGUGGGUUCCGGUCAACAGAGGGAAAAGACAUAGUUGAGGGACCAAGAGCGGUCUUUUCUCCGUGCAAACAGGACAACUCUCAAGUCAGCAUCAGCACCUUUUGCUCAAACCGGCGAGUGUUUGUUUUUCCUGUGCGUAAUUUGCGCCGUCCUGCGACUUUCUUUCUUUUUUAAACAGUGGAUAUGAAAGAUCAAGAUGUAAAAACUCCUCCGCACUCACCGAUGGGAGAUUACAAAGUGGCCAUGUGAAAGCAAUAGCAAGAACGAUGCGCACGAAUUAACCUGGAGAAAAAAAAAACACUCCACACGUGGAUCUGUAUCGACUGUCUGGUUUGUCACACCGGUUAUUUUUGUAUUUUUGGCAUUUUAUAUAUUUUUACUCGACUUAGUGGAGAGACGUCCGCUCCAACCGCAGUUGAGGGGUCGCGAGGCGUCGGAGCGAGAAGAAGGGAAAGGCAGAGAGACGCCACUUCGCUUGCUCUACAUAUGUUUCUGCAGAAGUUGGACAUUUUUUGCACUGGAGCCCGUCAGCGUUAGCGAACAGCUGAAGGAAUGAGCGCCGCCGCUGUCGCUUCCCUCCUCUGGUUUUGGAGACGCCAGAACAGAGCCGCUGUGGUGUCCCGUGCCCAUGAGGAGGGGGCUCGUCUCUGAUUCAUCUCAACGCCAUUUAUUUCCUCACAUCUACCCGAAAAUCUUCCUGUAUUAGACCCCUUUUACAUUUUUUCCAUUAUCCAAGCAAAAAAGUUUCUCUGUUUGAAGGAAACUGAUAGCCCUGCCUAUUUGUUAUCACGGUCCGCCACUAGUUACAGGGGUCCAGCGAAGCGUUCGGUGACAUUUUAAGACCCAUCAUAUGGUACCGGGGCCCUCGAGUCCAACCUUAACGAUGGAGAUCCACUGCAAGCACGACCCGUUUGCAGCAAUGCACAGGCAUGGCGGCGUGAACCAGCUGGGAGGCGUGUUCGUCAACGGCCGGCCCCUCCCGGACGUCGUGCGACAGCGAAUAGUGGAGCUCGCCCAUCAGGGGGUUCGGCCCUGCGACAUCUCACGCCAGCUACGAGUCAGCCACGGAUGUGUCAGCAAGAUACUGGGCAGGUACUAUGAAACGGGCAGUAUCCGCCCCGGGGUAAUCGGGGGAUCCAAACCAAAGGUUGCUACACCCAAAGUGGUCGACAAGAUUGCCGAUUACAAACGCCAAAACCCAACCAUGUUUGCCUGGGAGAUCCGGGACAGGCUCCUGGCCGAGCGAGUGUGCGACAACGACAGCGUCCCCAGCGUCAGUUCCAUCAACAGGAUCAUUCGGACUAAGGUUCAGCAGCAGCCUGGCCAAACGGGCUCAGUGUCAGCUCACAACUUAGCCACGUCCGCAGCUGCCACGCAGGUCUCCGCAGUGACCAGCGACACGGCCGGCUCCUCGUACUCCAUCAGCGGCAUUCUGGGAAUCAGCUCGGCUGCUGAUGUGGGGAAGAGGAAGAGGGACGAAGGCUUGCAGGAGUCUCCGCUGGCCAACGGCCACGGCCACAGCGGACGGGAGUUCCUCAGGAAGCAGAUGAGAGGGGAGCUGUUCUCGCCGCAGCAGAUCGAGGUAUUGGACCGCCUGUUUGACAGACAGCCGUCCUGUCCAAUCCAAUCCAGCUCUGACCUCUAUGUGAGCCCUGACUCUGGCAAGGCGUCAGAUUACUCGGCCAUGGCCUCGCUAGCCGGUGGACUGGAUGAGAUGAAGAACAGCUUGGCCAACCCUGGAACCGGAGCGGAGCUGGGAGCCAGUGUUUCCGGGCCACAGUCCUAUUCACUAGUUCCAGGUCGAGACCUGGCCAGCACCACUCUGCCAGGAUAUCCUCCUCACGUCCCACCCACUGGACAGGGCAGCUACUCCACCCCUUCCCUCACCGGCAUGGUACCUGGUGGAGAUUUCUCUGGAAGUCCAUAUUCCCAUCCUCAGUAUUCCACAUACAAUGAGUCAUGGAGAUUUCCCAACCCCAGUUUAUUAGUGUUUCAGCAGGAUUAUGGGUCUCUCCUGGGGACGGAAAUCGGCUGCUCCUCCAGUCUCUUCACCAGCCAGGCAGGACAGAUGCAAGGGUCGCCGUACUACUACAGUGCGACAUCGCGGGGGGCGGGUCCUGCUGCCACGGCAACAGCCUCCGCCUACGACCGCCACUGACCCCCUCUAACAGCAGAGACGAGGACGAGGAGGGAGGGACGGAUAGCAUCAGCACUGCUCAGUACAAGCCUGCCUGCACGCAGACUACAAUGAGAAGAUCUCGGACGAGUGACGUCAGUGAAUUUUCUUUGAUUGACACACCGACAAACACACUGCUGGCCUGCAGCAGACAAAUGUUAUGUGUAUUACAUUACGGUGAUGACUGCAGACGGAGGGGGUCAACCCACACUGGUCAGAAGAUUCCCUAAGCAAGUCAAUUUGGACCCUCCCAUAAUGUAUCGAGUCUUGGCAUCCCGAUCUUGUUUUUGACCAAUUAUGUACAAAUCCAGGACGUUAGUGGACUAUGUGCGCAGCAGGGACUGGAACUGUCUGUAUUGUGAUCUUCUGGGUAAAAUGUUUUUACAUUGGGGCUAUUUUUAAAUAAAUUAUUUGUGCUGAUUAGAGCAAAAUCGCUUUUUCAAAAAGUCUUUUUAUGACCUGACACUAAUCAAUCAAUUUUCUAUGCCAUGCUACGGUCAAGUAAAGACAAUCCGAUUCUCAUAACUUUGAAUGACCAAAAUCACCCAUAAUAUCAUCAAUAUGUCGUAUGUUCGAGGCUCUUUCCCCUGGGAUCACAAUGCUUCAUGAAUGGGAUACCUUCUUGUGAUGGGAGUAUUUAGGUUUACUAACCACUGCCUCCUGUUCCAAUGCCUGUCAAGCUUUCUACUCUCACAUAUCCAUGCAGUUAACAUUGAUAACGGUCAAGGAUUAACCCAUUUUAGGGGAAUCUUUUUUGCCUCGGCCUAUAAUUGAAACUAUUAAAUAGCACUGCCAGUUGCAGAGACAUUUGUACAUACAGGUUUUUCUAGCCUCUCCCUUCAAACCUAUCAAAGAACAUCAGAGCACCUAGCGCUAGCUUAAGUUGCUUUUUGUGGUCAUUUGAUAAUAUUGUCAGUUCACUUUUAAUGUUACAAAGCAAAAGUGUUAUCUGCAAAGUUGCAAGACACGAAAAAGCUACAAAUGCUAUUUGGCGCCACAAAGAACUUUAAACCUGGGUAAUUAUUAUUGUAUAGUUUACAAGCUGUAGACUAAUUAUCUACAAAACAUUAACAGCUCACGUUAGCUCAUUUUUCCAGAAGACUGCACUCUCCACACUCUCUUGCACUUCACGUCACCGUGUGGGGAACUCCAAAGCUUGACUGGCCUGCAGUGGUUACUAGGCUAUGACUCGAUGAUCAUUGUUGGGGGGAAGGGGUUUAGCAAACAGUGGGAAAGCAGCAUCCUGACAUUUCCACCCACAUUCAAAAAGACAGGUCUUUCCACGAAGCACAGCCUAAAAUCUGACCACGCCACUGUAGAAUGAGAGGUGUUCACAUCAAAACCAAAAGCCAACGACCCAGGGAGCGUUACUGUCCAUGAAGGUGCUAUCCAACCUCCCCAGAUGAGAUUUAGUCAUGAUCAAGAGCUAUUUAUAAUUGAGGACACAGAGUAAUAUAUUAAGAAGCUUUUCUGCGCUGCACUCCAUGGUGAGAGUGAAGGCCUGUAAUGAUUUAUAUGUGUCACGCUGUUGUGCUAGAAUAGUGAUGAUAAUGAUGAUGAUGAUGAUGAUGACGCAGUGAAAUAUGAAAUCUUAAAAACCUUUGAUAUGAAAAAGAAGUCUUUGUUUAUAAAUGUGAUCUGAUUUCCUUGUCUAUAGCUUGUUGCCUGGUAUCAGUUGACACAGGUGCCGUUUAUCAAGUCGCCAUUUAAAUCUGCUUCCUGAAUAUUCAGAAGAGCCGGCAAGCAGUGGCACCCUGUCGCUCUCUCUCUCUCUCUCUCUCUCUCUCUCUCUCUCUCUUUCUCGCUCUCUUUCGAUUUCUCUCUUUUAACUCCCCAAAGAUGGCCCCCCCUAGUGGAUCGGCUGACUAACUACAAAAGCACAAAGACUCAAUCAUCAUUCAAAGGCGCCAUUUUACUUUUGUGGUUCUUUUGGAGCCAUAAAGUACUUUUUAUUGUUCUGCUCCCCUUCUUGAGUGCUUGUCCUUGUGCUGUUUGACAUUCUGAAAUUGUACCUAUAAAAGCACUGCUUUUGUGAUGAAACCAGUCAAACUGUUUAGUUUUUUCCUUUGUUUGUCUCCUACAUCAGUUCUGCGCUGUGACAAUGCAUGACACCAGGGUCGAGGCCUUACCCACUCAAUGUACAGACAGAGUAGGACAGAUUUGCCCUUGGACGCUGAUCUGAAAUCAGUUUCUCAUCCCGCUUGCCCAAAUGUCACUGCUGAUCACGUGAAAGGGCAAUAUCUUCCUAAUUGUAUACAUAGCUUCCUGUUUCACUCCUGUCCAUACAAGAUUUGUACAGUAAUUGGUAAAAGAGAAGAGAAGUCGCAAUGUCAGUAGCAAUUUUAAUUAUUCACAUUUGAAUUUAGAGCUUAGUGAUGAUGUUUUCUUUACAAUAAAAAGAUGAAGAGUGUCUGGUGUUAGCCAUCGUCUGCGAGUGUUUACAUACAGGAUGUUUUGUUUGAUUUGGGUACGUGUGGCUAAUUGUAGCGCUUAUUGCUACUGUGUAGUUUUACUAGCUAACAGAUUGAAGACAUAAAAUAUAGCUAUAUAAACAUAUACCUAUAAACACUGAACAAGGCUGUUAGUUGGCCAGUCAAUCUGAUCUGUUGCUUUUGUCGUUGAAAUAGCGUUAGAGUGGAUCCUUUUGCAUCUGUAGACCUUGAAAGUUGUGCGUAAACAACUCUAAAUAAGAUUCCUACAGCAGCUGCACCCGCUGUGCUGCCGUCAUGCACCACAACAGGGGCUGCUCCUGAUUUCUGUCUUUCUCACUCGAUCUUUGCGAGGCAUUAUUGAACCUGAACCACACCAGCUAAAUACAAGGACAGUGCCUUUAGUUUUAUAUGUCAACACCCCCUGGCUGACCACAAGUCACUAAAACAAGAUUCUGUGUCCCUUCAAUUCCCUUAAAGAGUCCUUUUCCCAUCUGCCCAGUGAAAACUCACAGAGCUACAGAUUACGUUGAACCUCACACAAAUAGGCAAUGGACGGCAUUUUCUAUAUCAUCAGCUCAUGAUUUCAAUAGUCUAUCAAUAAUAAUAUUGCAGCUGUGAGCAGGACCAAGCCCCGAUUUAGCACAAUACACACCUCCUGCAUCUCACGCAUCACAUGGUUGAGAGAUUCAUAACGUGAAGCAAGCGUAGGCUCUGUGAUCAACAGCACUGGACAUAAAUGACAAUAAGCAGCUGUACAGUAGCAAAAGCCAGCACAAUAAUUCAAGGAUAGUUGUUUCAUGAAAUUAAUAAAAUCUUAAAAGACAUAAAUUCAUGUAAAGAUUGCUCAAGGCUCCUUCCUUAAUCAGUAGAGAGGUUCAGUAUUGCCACUGGUUAAUCACUAGUGCUGCAGUACUUUACCUGCAAUCGCCUAUUUUACUAUUGGUUGGAUUUUGAUUCAUGGUCCCCAGAGGAUUACAUCGCCAGAUCAACUUGAAGCACCACUGUGCCUAAAUACAGAGUCGCACAGCUGUACAUCCAUUUUGCUACUUUACAGCUUCCUGUCUUGUAAGGAGAUUUCCUGUCAUCUGCUUAUACUUCAUAGUUUGUAUUUUCAACAUUCAUGCUUCACAAAAUUGUUGCAAUCACAGUCACUGACUUCAAUCACUGAACUGGCUUCCAGGAGACAUGUAGCAAAUUAGUGCAUGCUAAGGUCAUGGACUAAGGCUAAAUAAGACCUAGUCAUGCACAGUAUAUACAUAUAAGCCAAGUAGACAACACACACACACACACACACACACACACACACACACACACACACACACACACACACACACACGCGUUUUGGUUUUUCAAUGAACGAGAGUAUCUGGUGUAAUUAAUUCCACUCUUGUCUUUAUCUGGAAGAGGUACAGUAGCUUCAAAAGCUUCAGUCAAACAGGCCAAACUCAUCACUCAGUCUUCAGUGUAGCAAAGAAUCCAUUGAUACAGUACAUGAAUGGGCCCAUUUGUCAACCAUGUAUCUCAUAGUGGCACAUCUUGCCUUGCCGUUGCUUCGGCCUAAGACAUAAAGGAAUCAGUGCCGAUUGGCUCACAGCUCUUCUGAUUGGCAGCCGUGAGGAGGGACUGCCACGAAGCACAGUAGAGGCCAAACACACACAAAUAUAAGUACGCUCUCUCCCUCCCUUUGUCCUUUGCAGGGUGGUGAUCGCCCCUCCUCUUGUGCCCCUAUGUUCCCCCAAGGGAGGCCAAACCUGCUGUGCCAUCAGAAGCUCAUCCCAUCUUUUUUCUCCCCCUCCCAGAGCCCUAAUCUCAUCAUAUCUCAUUCACUUGUCUUUCCUUUUCUCUCCUUUCCGGUAGCACUGGCACACCACCAGGAUUAGGAAUAUUAAAACUAUUGCGUUGAUUUCAGGCCCGUGACCUUCCUCAAAAAGUCCUCCCUCUUUCUUCACACCGCCUAUUAAUGCGUAUUUCCUCUCCUUUCUUACUUUUCAUUCUGACAAUUCGGACGUGAUGCUCACUGUUCUGUGAGAAAUUCUGCAUAGGAAUGAAGCGGGAUGUUUUGUGCCAAAGUGAGGUCACUUCAGUGGCAAUAUUGCUGCUGAUAUCUUUAUUUGCCCAAAAAUAUUCUGCGAGAUCACAUCUUAUAUUCGGUCUUCACGUAGCUUUAAAACACAACGAAACACUAGUUUUGGAUAAAUGGCGUUUUAUGGCCAGCCGUGCUUCAGUUUACUGUCCAUAAAAAUACAAUCACAUAUGAAUUCUUCUCCUACAGUAGAUCCAAGUCACGCGAGAAACUUCAAUAAAUGCAAAUUAGUAUUUUUCUUAUUUCGAUUUCUCACCCGGCUUACACCACCCCACUGUAUCUCAAUAUGAAUCUAUCAAGAUGGCUACUGCCUUCAUGAAACCUGAGGGGAUUUCAGUAUCACAUCUUGACAGCAAUUAGUGGCACAAUCUGUUUCAUGCUUGCUGGUAUAACUAGGCUCUGGACAGAUCUUAUUCUGAAGUGAUACAAUGUUCUGUACAUCUUAAUAUUAUUCAACUGUGGAAGAGGGGAAAUACACAGGACUCAGCCUACAAGAACAACUGUGUGUUUUUAAGCAGACGUUAAUAAAAGAAAAAAAAGUCAACGUGAGUUUUCACCUUACUGUGGCCUUUCGUGUAACAAUCUGAAGUUUAUUUUGUGUUCAUGGCUUCCUAUCUGGGAUGUUAAAGAGAUAUUUAUAUCUGUCAUGUUUUGGUUAUGGAAAAAAAGCAAACAAAAGACAGUAAAAAAUACAUCAAAAUGCAGAUAUACAUACAGAGACAAGAUUAGGUUAAGGAUUUUGUUUCCAAAAUUGAAUGCGACAAAAAGAAAACAUAUCUGUAACAUUCACCAAAGCCUGUGAUGCCUGUUUUAAAUGAGAGAUUCUUGUACAAAAAAAACGUAUAAAAUAGCAGAAAAGACUUACAGACACAAACACAAAAUGGAGAUAAGAAAUGCCUUCAAAUAUUCUGGAGGGGAGGAUUUAAAAAAAAGUAAAAGAUAUGCUUCUUUAAGAAAAUGUGUAUGUUUUUUAUUCAAUUUUCUAGUAGUUGCAAACAAAAACUUGGUGUUUUUCUCUUUGUGUGUUGUGUGUUGUCUUAAUAUUUGAAUGUAUUUUACUGCAGUGCAAAUUUGCCAAAGAUAUCAUAUUCUUUGAUUUCUCUCCUUUACCUUUUAGAUUUUUUGGUUUCUGAAUUGUGAAGAAUUUUGUUCAGAAAACUGGAAUUUAACGGUGGAUGUAAUAUUAUGCUUGUUUUUUUUCAAAAUAUUGUUAUUAUUAUUGCUAUUUUAUUUCCUGAGUCGACUGUGAAAUAUAAAAUUUGCGGUUUGCUUGAUGCAUCUCUUUAUAUUCAGUCUGUGUACCUGUCCAUCGUCCACCUGAGUGACUGGUGUUGGUGAAUUAUUCCAUUUAUGUACCUGUAAUGUGAAGCUAAGAAGUAAUUAUUUGUAAAUAUUUGCCAUAAUUUUAUUGGUCCUUCAGAAUAAAAAUAAUUUUUGGAAGUUAA